CUAUUUUCGGUGCUACUCCCUCCUGAUUCUGUAAAAUUGUUUUAUGAUAUUAUAUUUCAAUUUAAUGAGCCGGGGAGGCUUGCUGAAGUGUGAGCUGUGGUUUCGCCAGGUUUCGCGGAGCUUUCAAUUUCGCGCGGCGAGUUCAAAAUGGCGAAUGGCAGGAGAAAAGUACAAAACUAAGAAAAAGGCACGUUUAUUUCGAUGAAUAAGAAAAAGAGUGAUUCAACAACACGUACCUUAAUUCAAAGCCCUGGCAUUUCAUCACAAUUUGCAUCUCCAUUGACAAGCCGGAACAAGCGUCAGCUUAACGAUGAUAGAUCAAGUUUGGAGAGCAAGCAAAACAUUUCUGCCAAACGAAUCAAGUACAAUUCUCAAGAUGAUGAUGAUAGUACAGUGAACAAAAUUAGUAGAAAUGAAAAGAAAGAAUUGGAACUUGAGUUGAAGAAGAAGGAGGACAUUCUCAGAAAGCUGAAACUUGUGAAAAUGUUCAGAACAAAGAAUAGUCUGAGCGAUUUGGACAAUCUCAUAACGAAAUGGCGAGCCAUCAGUCAAGAAUCAGCAAAAGAUUUAUACGAGAAAUUCAACCAGGAGGAAAUGAUGAGCAUGGGGGAAUUUUUGAAUGGCUUAAGAGUAAAACAUGAGUUGAUAAGAUACAGUGAAGAAGAGGAGGCGUUCUAUUGAUUGCUAAACAUGAAAAUAUUAAGGUAUGAAAACAAUUGCUGUCGUGACGAUUCAUUCAGUAGCGAAGCCACAUAUUUUUGUGUUCGACCACUGGAAAACAGUGAAUGGUAUUAACUGAAGAAAUGAAUAGUAAUUUUCCUGAAAAAAUUUCAUUCUUUAGAAGUAUAAGCUACAAGUGUGGAGUUCAUAGCUACAAUUGCAAAAUAUCGUUGAGGAAAGUUACAGGAACUAGUGUUCAACGCUUUUCGCAACUGAAAAAAAACCUUUAUAACUUAACUUAAUAAGUCAAAAAAACGUCUUCUGUUCACGUUUGAGUGUUCUUAUUUUGCCAAACAAAUUCGUUAACUCGAUAACAAAACACAAAGAUUUUUCGACUCUGGAAUAGUUACGCACAAAAUUAACACUAUUUGCUUUAGGAUUAAAAUAUCCAUUAGACAUCUCACGAGAGAUGAAACGAUAAAACUUCAAUUCAUCGUUUGUACUGCGAAUGACAUUGACGCUAGAUGUUUUGUCACAUGUUGUACAUUUAGUAUACGUACAACGCUAAUACAUUGUGCAAAUCUUCCAAAGCCUGUUUUUCCUUAGCAUUGUCUCGACUGCUUUUUCAUCUUGGAGAUUGCGUAUGCACACACAUAUCUUUACUAUCCUUCGACAAAGCAAUUUUUAAGAAGGCUUUGAGAGAUAAAUGAUACGCUAAAGAUUGGUAUCGAACUUUACAUAAGCAAGUGAAGAUUACAACACGUUUGCAAAAAUAUAUUAAAAUAUAUAAUCUGGUUUGUAAUUGAGUUGUUAGGUACAUUUGUACAAAAAAUGAAUUGAGUAAAAAAGAAGAUUUACGAAUACCGA